CCUCACCUCUUUACAGAUCACCAGCACAAUGGCCGAGUACUACUUUAACAUGGACGAUGGCUACUUUGAGGGCCUUGUCCGUGGUUUCCGCUCGGGUCUGCUCCGUCGCAGCGACUACAUGAACCUGUGUCAAUGCGAGACCCUUGAGGACCUCAAGCUGCAUCUGCAGACCACCGACUACGGCAACUUUCUGGCCAACGAGCCCUCGCCCCUGGCCGUCUCCACCAUCGAUGAGAAGCUCAAGGAGAAGCUUGUCACCGAGUUUCGCCACAUUCGCAACCAGGCCGUCGAGCCCCUGGCCACUUUCCUUGACUACAUCACCUACGGCUACAUGAUUGACAACGUCAUUCUCCUCAUCACCGGCGCCAUGCACGACCGCGACGUGGCCGAGCUCCUGCCCAAGUGCCAUCCCCUCGGUGUCUUCCCCGAGCUCAAGGCCCUGACCAUUGCCCCCACCCCCGAGGAGCUGUACAACCAAGUCCUCGUCGAUACCCCCAUCGGUGACUACUUUUUGAAGUGCGUCGACCGUGCCGACCUCGACGAGCUCAACGUCGAGCUCAUCCGCAACACCCUCUACAAGGAGUACCUUGAAGACUUUUACCGCUUUUGCGAAAAGACCGGCGAUGCCACUGCUGAAGUCAUGUGCCCCAUUUUGGGCUUUGAGGCUGAUCGCCGCGCCUUUAACAUCACCAUCAACUCCUUUGGCACUGACCUCACUUCCGAGGACCGAUUAAAAUUGUACCCCCGCAUCGGCCGCCUCUAUCCCGAGGGUCUGACGCUCCUCUCCGCUUGCAACGACUAUGACGAGGUUGUCCGUGUGGCCGAGUACUACGCCGAGUACCGCAACAUGUUCGAUGGUGUUGGCAUGGGUGCCAGCGAGCGAACCCUUGAGGACAAGUUCUUCGACUGUGAGGCCAAGAUGAACGUCAAUGCUUUCAUGUUCCAGUUCCAGUACGGUGUCUUCUACGCCUUUAUCAAGCUCAAGGAGCAGGAGGCGCGCAACAUUGUCUGGAUCUCAGAGUGCAUUGCGCAGAAGAACAAGAGCAAGGUCGAUCACUACAUCAACCUGCUGGAUUAGGUCUCUUUCUCGUUCUUUGUCCCUUGUAUAACCAAAUCCCAUGCGUGCUCGACCCGAAUUCGACGAAGAUUCAGUCGCAUCUAGCUUGCAUUGCAGGCCCCAUCAACUAGUCCCUACUCGCCAAUGUCGGGCUCCCAGCCCGUGUGUUGGCUCCGCUCUCCUUGGUCUAGCUGUCGUCCAAUCCGCUUUCGCUUGCACGGGUUCCAGUCCAACCCAGGCGUGAACUCUCUGUGUGUGCUUCACGCUUCGGGGUAUCGUUUCUUCUGCUUGUAUCCUGUUACCUUACACUUGCUACCUCGUCCACGUUGAUGCUGGUCGAGUCUGGGUCUGCCCUUUGUGAUUUUCUUUUCUUGCUUACAAAUCUACCAGUGAAGUC